AUGAUUAGAAGUCGAUCUAAAAGUCCACGACGCCUGUCUCCAUCUUCCAGGGGUGCAAACUGUGAUGUAGAACUUUUGAAGACAACAAGAGAUCGUGAAGAACUUAAAUGCAUGCUGGAAAAGUAUGAGCGUCAUUUGGCAGAAAUUCAGGGUAAUGUCAAGGUUCUGACAUCUGAGAGAGACAAGACUUUUCUUCUUUAUGAACAGGCACAGGAAGAAAUUGCCCGACUUAGGCGAGAAAUGAUGAAAAACUGUAAGUCUCCUAAGUCGACAACAGCGCAUGCUAUCCUCAGGCGAGUGGAGACGGAAAGAGAUGUAGCAUUUACUGAUUUACGAAGAAUGACCACAGAACGAGACAGUCUGAGGGAAAGGCUAAAGAUCGCUCAGGAGACAGCAUUUAAUGAGAAAGCUCACUUGGAACAAAGAAUAGAGGAGCUGGAGUGUACAGUUCAUAAUCUUGAUGAUGAACGUAUGGAACAAAUGUCAAACAUGACUUUGAUGAAGGACACCAUAACCACUGUGGAAAAAGAAAUGAAAUCACUAGCAAGAAAGGCCAUGGAUACUGAGAGUGAGCUUGGCAGACAAAAAGCAGAGAAUAAUUCCUUGAGACUUUUAUAUGAAAACACCGAAAAAGAUCUUUCUGACACUCAGCGACAUCUUGCUAAGAAAAAGUAUGAACUACAACUCACUCAGGAGAAAAUUAUGUGUUUGGAUGAAAAAAUUGAUAAUUUUACAAGGCAAAGUAUUGCUCAGCGAGAAGAAAUCAGCAUUCUUGGUGCCACACUCAACGAUAUGGCUAAAGAAAAAGAAUGCCUGCAAGCAUGUUUGGAUAAAAAAUCUGAGAAUAUUGCAUCCCUUGGAGAGAGUUUGGCAAUGAAAGAAAAGACCAUUUCAGGCAUGAAGAAUAUCAUUGCUGAGAUGGAACAGGCAUCAAGACAGUCUACUGAAGCUCUAAUUAUGUGUGAACAAGACAUUUCCAGAAUGCGUAGACAACUGGAUGAAACAAAUGAUGAGCUGGCUCAGAUUGCCAGGGAAAGAGAUAUCUUGGCUCAUGACAAUGAUAAUCUCCAGGAGCAGUUUUCUAAAGCUAAACAAGAAAACCAGGUGUUAACCAAAAAAUUGAAUGAUACUCAUAAUGAACUAAAUGACAUAAAACAGAAGGUCCAAGACACCAAUCUGGAAGUUAACAAGCUGAAGAAUAUAUUAAAGUCUGAAGAAUCUGAGAAUCGACAAAUGAUGGACCAACUACGAAAAGCCAAUGAAGAUGCUGAAAACUGGGAAAAUAAGGCCCGUCAAGCAGAGGCAGACAACAACACCCUCAAAUUGGAACUCAUCACUGCAGAGGCAGAGAAUAACAGAUUGAAAGAAAAAGUAGAUGCACUCAAUAGAGAAGUUGAGCAACACUUAAAUGCAGAAAGGUCAUAUAAGUCCCAGAUUUCUACAUUACAUAAGUCUGUUGUAAAGAUGGAAGAGGAGCUUCAGAAGGUUCAGUUUGAAAAAGUUUCUGCUCUUGCAGAUUUGUCUUCCACAAGGGAACUCUGUAUUAAACUUGACUCAAGCAAAGAACUUCUUAAUAGACAGCUAAUUGCUAAAGAUCAAGAAAUCGAAAUGAUGGAGAAUGAGUUAGAUUCUGCUCGUUCUGAAAUAGAACUUCUCAGGAGUCAGAUGACAAAUGAGAGAAUCUCCAUGCAGAAUCUAGAAGCUUUGCUGGUGGCCAAUCGAGACAAAGAAUAUCAGUCUCAGAUAGCGCUUCAAGAAAAAGAAUCUGAAAUACAACUUCUUAAAGAACACCUUUGUUUGGCAGAAAAUAAAAUGGCCAUCCAAAGUAGAGAUGUGGCCCAGUUCAGAAAUGUAGUAACACAGCUAGAGGCUGAUUUGGAUAUUACCAAAAGACAACUUGGGACAGAGCGCUUCGAAAGGGAAAGAGCUGUACAAGAACUUCGCCGCCAAAAUUAUUCAAGUAAUGCAUACCACAUGAGUACUACAAUAAAGGCGAAUACCAAAUGUCAUUCACCAGACCGUGCUCACCAUCGAUCCCCAGAUCGGGGCCUUGAUCGAUCAUUGGAAGAGUAA